UGUGAUCAUUUAGAAAAUGCAGUUCAACAAGCGACUACAGACUGAAAAAAAAUAAUAAUAAAACUUCUUCAUCAAUAUGGUGCAAAUCGCGGGAAGAUACCAACUAGUUGAAAAUGUGAAAUUCUAUGAAUUUUUGAAAAAAAUAGGAAGCACUGAUGAGCAAGCUUCUGCUGCUGAUAAAGCUAAGCCCUUUGUAACGGUGGGCAUAGAUGGCGAUAAAGUCACUAUCAAAAUUGAAGGAUUCGGAGACGAUCUUGAAAACCACUUUGUUUUGGGUAAACAAUGUGAAGAAAAACAAACAGAUGGUUCCAUUUCGAAGACCACCGUCACAAAAGAGGGAGAUGCACUGAAACUUGUAUCGAUAGAAGAGGGGGGUGUAAACCUCACCAGAAUUUACAAAUUCACCGACUCUGGAUUUGAAUUGAGCAUGAACUUGGGCGGCAUAGAGGCGAAGCAAAUCUACAAGAGGCUCUAGAAGGAUCUUUGUUAUUACAGAGUGAACUAUGGUUUAUAUACUUUCUAUGAUUUGUUUUAAGUGAAUAAAAAAAACAUUUGAUUCAA